CGCUUCGAAUCUUUCGACGAGUUCUUUGUUCAGGCAUCUUGACCUUCGUGUACUUUCUUUUACUCACAUCCACCGCAACUCGUUGAUUUUUUUGCGGCAAUGGCAGCGGCAGCUCACCACGAAUACUCUCCCCGCCCCCCGAUGGCGUCCAGAAUCCGAGAGAAUCUCAAUGUCAACGUCCAAAGCACCUACAGCAGGCUGAAUCUUGACGACCGUAUCCGUUGUGUGCUCAUCUACAACGAUGCGGUGGCCUUGAGCCUUGGGUUUGCUUCUGGGGCGUCGACCGGAAAAGCCGUCUUCCACGUCCUCGGCGCGUUCCUUUCUUUCUCAUUCUUGAUGAACAUCCCUAUCGUCUUGGUAGCCACUAGAGCAAGACGCACUCAAGGAGCACUGAUGCUCCGGGACGGCAAUCGCGCGCCCUCCCUUUCGAUCCUCGCUCUCGAUGUCUCCAUCGUUGUUGCCUUGUUGAUCCUGUACAUCAUUACCACUGUCGAGGCGACCUCUUCAUACUCAUGGGAGCCGGUCGUCAUGAUGGUAUACGUUUCCAUCGGAGCGCUUGUGGCGAUGAUAAUUCACGGAUGGCUAGCUGCCUCGGCCCUUGUUCGAUACGUCCGCUAUCGACGCUCCCUGGACAAGGAGAGAUGUCCUCACUGCCAUACACCAUUCACGUUCCGCGUGGAAGACCCGAGGAGUGCGUUUCCACAAGUCGAUUCACCAUCAUCUGCUGAAGACGAAGGUGACACUCUGCUUGCAAAGGACCAAAAGUAGGCAAUUGGGCAUGCUUGACAAACUCGGUUGCAUAAGCAGAAACAUGCCAGAAAAUCAGAACAUGGGAUAGAACCUGGAUGUCCAGGGCUUCACAUGUUGACAGAGGAAAAGUCCUGCAGUGACAGUACAGGAAUGGCCAUACGGAGAAAGUAUGAUGCUGACGUUGGUCUCGCUUAGCAUGAAGGGCGUCAGCCGGGUAUGUGGCGUUCGGCAUGUGCGUUGAUUCCAUUGACAUGUAAGGUGAUAUAGUCCUCACACUCGUUUAGCUAGUCUAUGUCUUUUUAGUGAAAUCCCUUUGACUUGUUCCGUUAGUGAUCCGACAUCGUCAGUCCCAGUUGGGUUUGCCAUGCGGCCUUGCGAGCCGUUACC